UGAGUGAGAGUGAGUGUGGCAAUAAGAAAAGAGGCAGGCACGUACAUAGCAGUAUAGCACCAUAAUAUCAGCCCCUCCGUACAAAAACCAAAACAUGAUGCAUUCAUUCACCAUUCAACCAAAAAACACAAAAAGCCAUUCUUCCUUCACAGAUCGAUCACAACGUCCUUCUUUGCUUUGCUUCGGUUCACGUGUUUCUUCUUUCUCUCUCUCUCUCUCUCUCUGCAACCCCAACUCUUGUUCACUACACAACAAAAUAACUCUGUAAUCCAUUUCUCUUCAUCUUCAGCGGAUUGCAAGUGCUGAGAUUUAGGAAGAUGUCGUCGUCUUCCUUUCCGGUGGAUUGGUCUCAUCAAAAUGGAAAUUCUAGGAAUCCAGAAGACACACUAUGUUCUGUGGCAGAAGUUGAGGAGUUUGAUUUCUCCAAAGCAUUAGAUAAGCCAAGGCUUUUGAAUAUAGAGAGACAGAGGUCAUGUGAUGAAAGAUCAAUGAGUGAACUAUCCAUAGGCUUUUCUCCGCGUCAAUUGUCCACUAAACCUGACAACUAUUAUCGCCUUCCCGACCAUCUUGACAACUCAUUUUUUCUUCUGCCAAAAUCAGGUCUUAAUACUCCAAGAUCACUCAUAUUGGAUCCACAUCCAUUGAUAGUGUCUGAAGCUUGGGAAGCUCUCAGGCGUUCCUUAGUAUAUUUUCGCGGUCAGCCAGUUGGGACAAUUGCUGCCUUGGAUAAUUCUGAUGAGAAGCUUAAUUAUGAUCAGGUGUUUAUAAGAGACUUUGUGCCGAGUGCUUUGGCUUUUCUGAUGCAUGGGGAACCAGAUAUUGUUAAAAACUUUAUUCUAAAGACCCUUCGCCUUCAAUCAUGGGAGAAAAAGAUUGACAGGUUCCAUCUAGCGGAAGGGGUAAUGCCUGCUAGUUUUAAAGUAUACCAUGAUCCAGUCAGAAACCAUGAAACCCUGAUAGCAGAUUUUGGUGAAAGUGCAAUAGGAAGGGUUGCUCCUGUUGAUUCUGGAUUUUGGUGGAUUAUCUUACUCCGUGCAUACACAAAGUCUACAGGAGACUCUUCUUUGGCUGAACGGCCUGAGUGUCAAAAGGGUAUGCGCUUGAUUCUAAGUUUAUGCCUGUCAGAGGGGUUUGACACAUUUCCAACGUUACUAUGCGCUGAUGGAUGUUGUAUGAUUGAUCGUAGAAUGGGUGUUUAUGGGUAUCCAAUAGAAAUUCAAGCAUUGUUCUUCAUGGCUUUAAGAUGUGCGUUGCAAUUGCUUAAGCCAGAUGCUGAAGGGAAAGAGUUCAUGGAACGGAUUGUCAAACGCUUGCAUGCCUUGAGCUACCAUAUGAGAAGCUACUUUUGGUUGGAUUUGAAGCAACUCAAUGAUGUUUAUCGCUUCAAAACAGAAGAGUACUCACAUACUGCAGUCAACAAGUUUAAUGUCAUUCCUGAUUCUUUACCAGAUUGGGUUUUUGAUUUCAUGCCUCAUCAUGGUGGAUACUUUGUAGGGAAUGUCAGCCCUGCUAGGAUGGAUUUCCGCUGGUUUUGUCUGGGCAAUUGCAUUGCAAUUCUGUCUUCCUUGGCAACUCCUGAGCAGUCAGUUGCAAUCAUGGACCUAAUAGAAUCACGGUGGGAAGAGUUAAUUGGGGACAUGCCUGUCAAAGUUUGUUAUCCAGCCAUUGAAAGCCAUGAAUGGAGGAUCGUAACAGGAUGUGACCCUAAAAAUACUAGAUGGAGUUACCACAAUGGUGGAUCUUGGCCAGUUCUUUUAUGGCUUCUGUCUGCGGCCUCCAUCAAGACGGGACGGCCCCAAAUUGCAAGACGUGCCCUUCACAUUGCUGAGACCAGAUUGGUAAAGGACAAUUGGCCUGAAUAUUAUGAUGGAACUCUUGGUCGAUACGUUGGGAAGCAGGCGCGUAAAUUCCAAACAUGGUCUAUUGCUGGUUACCUGGUGGCUAGGAUGAUGCUGGAUGAUCCAUCACAUUUAGGUAUUGUAGCACUGGAAGAUGACAAACAGCUAAAGCCUUUACUCAAGAGAUCAAAUUCAUGGACUUUGUGAAUAUGUUUUGGGAAAAAAAAGACAAAGUGAGGAAUGGAAUGGAAGAAGAGCAAGGUGGAGGCAAACACCUAAGUGAAGCUUACCAUGUUUGAUUUCAUUUGUCAAGUAUUUACAUAUUUCUUCUGUGGAAUGAUAUGUCUAGCAUCUGCAUAGUUUUAGGAUUCUUAACAACAAAUUGUUAUAUGCAAAAGGUGAGGCUAUGGUUAGUUCUUUGGAACUACGUGAUAUGCAUCCAGUAGACCCAGGUGCUAUAAUUCAGUUGAGAUUAUGAAGGCAUUAAACAUGGAAUGUAUUAACUUGAUCUGGCUUUACCACAUUGCAGAUGUGGUUAAAAUUACAGGAUAAUCAUGCAUUCCUCUGUCUUCCCUUUUCAUACUAAGGAGCAGAUGUGCAUUAGUAUAAUUUUCACUUUUAGCCAAUACCUUACAAUCAUUAG